AAGGGAAUCGUUUGCCGCGUGAGCGCCGUGUCGUUGUUAAAUUUGUCUCAUGAAGUCAUUAUUCCCUGUUUGAAAAGAACCCUUUUAAAAAGAUGUCUUUGUUGCUAUCUACUUAUGUCCGAAAUCUCUUCAAUGGGCGCAGAUAUAGGUCACGUGUAUCGCAGAGCGAGCCAAUCAGUGCGUCGUACGAAUGUCACAUGAAGUGCGUGGAAAACUGCAAUUGUCUGUCGUACAAUGUUUGCAAUGGCGGCAAAUUGUGCGAACUUAAUCCAGAGAAAAAGGAGAACAACAUCUCCCUGUAUGAGACCAGCGAUACUUGCGAUUACUAUGAAUUAGGCUUUAACCAAAAGCAAUCAAGUGAUUGCAAGGAUCAAUGUUGUUCUACUUCGAAACCUUGUCUUAACAAUGGUCGUUGUGAAGCAACGUGUAUGAAGAAUGGGAGACGGUUUCUCUGCGAUUGCGCAGAAGGCCAAGACGGUGAUCAAUGCGAGAGCGUGGCUAGAGAUUGCGGAUUUUAUGCUAAUUCUGCCAACAAAACUCACGGUCUUCGCGUGAUCUACGCGCCUGACAACACCGCAUACCGGGCUUUUUGUUAUUUCGGCAACAAUAUCCUUACGUUGGCCAUGUCAUUUUCGGUGGAAAACCAACGGUUGGUGAGUGCACCGCUGAGCAACGACCAACCCGUGUUUGAAGACUCGCACAACUGGGAGGAAUAUCGUCUGGGGCUGGCACGCAUGACAGCUUUGCGUGAUGGGGCAUAUAAAUGGAAGUAUGCCUGUGCCUAUGACCAGCUUGACAUAAAAGAUACAGAUUCAGUAACAAUUUUUUUGGCUAAGUUGGAUCCAUUGAAAGUUGAUGGAAUAGUGUGUUCUGCGGCUCAAAGUAUCAGAAUUUAUGGCGAAACCUGUCCGAAAUGUGUAUGGAGAGCGGCAAGCCGAGAGGAUGCUGAAGGGUUUAGAAAGUGGCUAAAUAACGAUAAGCCAUUUCCCGACACUCGCAGUCAGUUUGGCGCUAAAGAGUCAUUUUGA